AUGGACGUCCCCGUGCAGCAGCGACCUCGGCACGUUCGUGGGCCCGUGUCAUCGGUGAUCUUGUACCUCUUGCAGGCGGGAUGGACACCGACUUCAGCUACGUCGUGGCAGGCGCCGGGUGACGGGACGAAGGAGACUCACGCCUUGGAGUUCCAGGCGGGGGCCUUCGUCGGCCUGGACCAGGCGCAGCCACUACUUGCGGAGUUCGAGCCUACCUUGGCCGCGCAGUUGAGGAGGGAGGUAGCUCGAGAAUUCUGUGGAGCUGGCCUCGAGCAGGGUACCGAUCUUCAGAGCUAUCGUCAUUACAUGGUAUCGUUCCAAGGCGUACAUCGUGGGCGUCAAAUAUCAGAACUGUUGGUCACGAUCGCCACGGAUGGUUUCUGGACGCAGCAGAGGAAGUUCGAGCCCAAGCUGACGGACAGCGAUAUGUGCCUGCGUUGUGGUGAAGAGGUGGGUACGUCAGUGCACCGAUGUUGGCUAUGCCCAAAAAAUCGCGAUUCCCCUGCCUACGCCCUCUCCGACGAGCUCGUUCCAGAGGCCGUGGCGGAGCAGCACACCUACCCCGCGUUCUGGAUGAGGGGCCUCAUACCCGCCGACUGGACCAAGGUUCAGGCCCCUGCAGCCUCUGAACCCUUUUACGGGAGCCAGCUGGUAGGAGACUCUGUGGGCCUUGGCUGCCUAGGUAGAGGGGCCCUUGAGAGCCCCAUCGUCAUUUUCGGGGAUGCCUCAGGGGGGCCCUGA